AAUUCCUGGUGCAGCUAUUUGACUCGUCCCAGUGUACGAAACAGAUCCGUGUGACGUUCAUUAAAACAGUUGAGGAGUAAACAUGAAAGUGUCAGUGAUAAUUUGCUUUGCCCUGUCUGCUUUUGUUGCAGCUGAAGACCUGCAUGCCGGAAAGCAUCAGAGAGGAGAUAUCUUAGUAGCAUCUAGACGCUUGAUCGCUGGACCACAAGCACGAAACGGCAUCGAGCGACCAACGUAUAUUAUUGAGCCAAUCACGAAUAUCGAUGGGAUAAUCACCACUGUAGAAGGUGUCAAUGCUCUAGGAUCAGAAGCACUCGUCAAUAUUCAGGCCGGUGGACCCGGGAAAAACUACGUCGUGGUCGGGGCUUUCACUGGACCCCAAGGACACUUUGAUGUGCAGCUCGACGUUUUUGCCAUACCAUCUAACUCAAGUGGUGAACCUCAACAUUGAUACUAUCGAAUGGUUCUGUAAACAAUUGCAGCUAGAAGAAGGAUGAUGAUGUUGUGAAUGGUUCUGUUUCGAAUAAAUCUCAGUGAUUUUACGUGUGAAA